AUGGAGGAGGAAUCAGGACAGAACCCCCGUGGCUGCAGGCUGGAGCCAGAGAGCAAAAUGCUGGAGAAGAUUCAGAAGGCACUCACAAUUCGUAGUGGCACCAUCAGGGAGCUGCUGGCAGAAGCGCUGGGGAUGUUCAUCCUCAUGGUCUUUGGCUUGUCUUCUGUGGCACAAGUGGUAUUAGGAAGAGGAGACUUUGGGCAGCAUCUGAGCAUCAAUUUGGGAUUUGGCAUUGGUGUUACCUUGGGCAUCCACGCGGCUGGAGGAAUCUCUGGAGCUCAUCUGAAUGCUGCCAUCACCGUUACACACUGCAUUUUAGGAAACCUCCCGUGGAGAAAGCUCCCAGCUUAUCUGAUCGGCCAGUUCCUGGGCUCCUUUACAGCAGCAGCCACUGUCUUUGGCCUCUACUAUGAUGCUCUGUACGACUACACCAAGGGGAACUUUACAGUGACGGGACCAACUGCCACGGCGUCGAUCUUCUCCACUUACCCCGCUCCCUAUGUAUCCUUGCUGGGGGGCUUCUUCACAGAGUUCAUGGCGACGGUGAUGCUGCUCCUGGGCAUUCUGAUCAUCCACGAUGAGAAAAACAAUGGAGCCCUGAAAGGCACGCAGGCCCUGCUCACGGGUAUCCUGGUCCUGGGCAUAGGCCUGGGGAUGGGGAUGAACACAGGCUAUGCCAUAAACCCCUCCCGGGACCUGCCCCCCAGGGUCUUCACAGCAAUUGCUGGCUGGGGAAUGGACGUCUUCACGGCUGGACAUCACUGGUGGUGGGUCCCACUCACAGCUCCGAUUCUGGGAAGUCUUGCUGGUGUUUUAAUCUACAAACUCUUCAUUGAUUUUCACAACCAACCUGUCCCGCAAAGUGGAAAUGAGAAAGGACAGCCAGUGGUGGAGACUUCUACACUGUGA